AUACAAACAAUCUCAAGUAAAAUUUGUAUUUUCAAGGUUGUAAUUGAAAUAUCAACAAGAUGAAGACGACUCAAUCAAUCAAUAUCCUCUUCAUCUUCUUGGUUCUCCUCAUUGUUUCUGGAAAUUGUCGGGGAAGGCAGUUGCGUGCAGACAAUGUAAGGGUGCUCAGGUUUUGUCGCGCGGCAACAUUGAAAUUGAAUAGCCCGAGAGAAUGCUCGCUUGAGUAUUGUGAAAGGAAAUGUGCACAAGUUGCACAAGCAUAUUACAGACCCUAUGAUUUUGGAAGAUGCAAUUAUUCAACCAUGAAAUGUGACUGUUACCAGCGUUGUCGGCCGCAAUAAAAAGACGAGAGUGUUUAGGGGUUUUCUUUUUGCAUAAUUAUUAUGUCUCACAUUUCGUUGGAUGUUGAAAUGUUUCGUUUCAUAAAUUGUUUCAGUAAAUUAUCCAUUUUUCCGGUUAAUUAAUGGAACGUUUUAUUGGCGAAUGAUAAAGUAGGGUUUUUUACUUCCAGGUUUCUCCAUAUGAGUUGAUGGUAAGGAAUCCUUGGAUGGCAAUGCUUAGCUGCUGUCUGGGUUGCAGCCAAACGUUGCUACCCAUUGACAUGG